GUCUGCCAAAACCUGAAAGGAAGGUGUGGGGAGCUGGGGGUCGGCCUCUGCUCACAGUUUCUUGCAGAGCUGAUCUGUCCAAAAUUGGAAGGUCUUGGGGCUGUUUGGGAUGCUUGUGAAGGUCCUCCUGUGGCUUCCUGAUCAGCAGAUGUUGUAGGGCCAGGAGUUUAUUUGGCCAUUGCUAUAGCCUGAAGCCAAGAGACAAAGCCUCUGCUGUGGUGGAAGUAGAAAGAGCUGAGUACCAGCUGCCUGAGAGCAUGUCAGAUGCUUGCAGAAGAGAUCUGUGCUGGAUUCACACCUCUCAACUCGAGACACAUUUCUUGCAAUGUCAACAUUUGAAGCUAACUGCCCGGGUUCAGAGAAGAGGCAUAGUUCUUCUAGGGGACAAGCAGUCUGGUCUGUUUUAGAUGAUGAAAGUUGUGUGUCUCUCCACUGACUUGAAAAGGAGCUUAUGGCCACUCCCUUGGAAGCUGCCAAAAUGCCGGGGACUGUUUUUAGCAGGAAGAAUCUUAUAUCGUUCAUAUACACAGCUUUGUCCAACACCGAUUCCCCUCCUAGCUGUGCGCUGGAACCUACAAUGAAACAGAAUUUUGCUUUUGACAACAUGGGCUACGAGGAGGGCUUUGAAACCCUGCCUUCACCAUCUUCCCAAGAGCACACUGUUGCAGUCACUGUUGUGGGGAUGACUUGCCAGUCUUGUGUGCAGUCAGUAGAAGGACGAAUUUCCAAGGUGAAGGGCAUCGUGAGUAUUAAAGUCUCCCUUGAACAGAAUAAUGCCCUAGUAAAGUACCUGCAGUCAGAAAUAAGCCCUGCACAGAUUUGCCAGGAAAUUCAGGACAUGGGCUUUGACGCUAACAUCGCAGAAGAGAGGUUGACACCAGCGUCUGUAAGUUUACCGUGCUCGAGAGAAGCGGUAAUAAAGCUUCGGAUAGAAGGCAUGACGUGCCAGUCCUGCGUCACCAGCAUUGAAGGAAAGAUGAAGAAGCUGCAUGGUGUGGCAAAAAUCAAGGUGUCGCUCGCUAACCAGGAGGCAAUCAUCGCUUACCAGCCUUACAUCAUUCAGCCCGAGGAACUCAAGAGCCAUAUCAGUAGCCUGGGGUACGACUGCACCGUUAAGAGUAAAUCGACGCCUUUGAAGCUCGGUGUGCUUGAUCUUGGGCGCCUGCAGAGCGCAGACCCCAAGGAGACACCGGCAAGUCUUGAGAGCAGCGGGUUGGGUCCACAGGCUGCCAAGAUGUGUAGCACAGCUACCGUGGCUGUACAGAUAGAAGGCAUGCACUGCAAGUCCUGUGUCAGAAACAUUGAAGGAAACAUAUCCUCUCUUCCAGGCGUGCAAAGUAUUAACGUGUCUUUGGAGCAUAAAUGUGCCGUUGUACAGUACAGCCCAAAUUUAAUUACCGUGUCAGCUUUGCAGCAAGCUAUUGAGUCCCUUCCACCUGGGAACUUUAAAGUGUGCCUCCUUAAUGAUUCAGAAGCAAAUAACCAGGCAUCUCCAUCGCCUGCUUUGCUAUGCGGUCUUGCCGGAGAGCCACUGGACGACACGACGUGCACGGCUGUUACUAGGAUUGAUGGUAUGACCUGCAAUUCCUGUGUACAGUCCAUAGAAGGGACAAUAUCGCAGAGACAAGGUGUGCAGCACAUAGCAGUUUCUUUAGCUGGCAAGACUGGGACCAUACGUUAUGAUCCAGCUGUCACAAAUGGAGAGGAGUUGAGAGCUGCCAUAGAAGAUAUGGGGUUUGAUGUGUCCGUGCUGACAGAUACUGGCACAGGAGAACACAAGCAUCGGCCUGAUGCCAGCGAUGCCGCGGUGCAGCCUCGAGCUCCGGAGUCUCCUCGCCAGGAUCGUGCCUCAGAUGCUCUUCUGGAGAGUCCUCACCUCGAUGGGCCAAACCAGCCCAGUGAAGCCAAGAAGUGUUUUUUGCAAGUCACUGGCAUGACCUGUGCAUCGUGCGUGUCUACCAUCGAAAGAAAAUUGCAGAAAGAAGAAGGAAUUGUUUCAGUGUUGGUAGCCCUGAUGGCAGGUAAAGCAGAGAUAAAAUACAAGCCAGAGUUCAUACAGCCUCUUGAAAUAGCACAGCUGAUCCAGAAUUUGGGUUUUGAGGCAACUGUCAUAGAAGAUCAUGCAGAAACAGAAGGAAAUGUGGAGCUUCUUAUUACAGGGAUGACUUGUGCUUCUUGUGUUCACAACAUUGAAUCCAAACUUAUGAGAACAAAUGGCAUAUUCUACGCCUCAGUUGCACUUGCUACUUGCAAAGCUCACAUCCAGUUUGAUCCUGAAAUUACAGGACCUCGAGACAUUAUAAAAAUAAUUGAGGAAAUUGGCUUUCAUGCUUCUGUGUCUAGAAGAGUUCCAAAUGCACAUAACUUGGAUCAUAAAAAAGAAAUACAGCAGUGGAGGAAGUCUUUCUUGUGCAGCCUAGUGUUUGGUAUCCCUGUCUUAAUCCUAAUGAUUUAUAUGCUAAUACCUGACGGCGGACACCAUGGGUCUAUGGUGCUGGAACAGAAUCUCAUUCCUGGAUUAUCUAUAUUAAAUCUGCUCUUCUUUGUCCUGUGCACUUUUGUUCAGUUUCUUGGUGGAUGGUAUUUUUACUUACAAGCUUACAAAUCACUGAAGCACAAGACGGCCAAUAUGGAUGUGCUCAUCGUACUGGCCACAACGAUUGCUUAUGUGUAUUCCUGUGUGAUCCUCGUGGUGGCCAUCAUUGAAAAGGCAGAGAAAAGUCCUGUCACUUUCUUUGACACUCCUCCAAUGCUGUUUGUAUUCAUUGCCCUUGGGAGAUGGCUUGAACACAUAGCAAAGAGUAAGACCUCAGAAGCUCUUGCUAAACUUAUAUCUCUUCAAGCCACGGAAGCCACUGUGGUGACUCUUGGACCUGACCACUCUAUCAUCAGGGAGGAGCAAGUAGCUGUUGAACUGGUUCAAAGGGGUGAUAUUGUAAAAGUUGUUCCUGGUGGAAAGUUCCCUGUGGAUGGAAAGGUCAUUGAAGGCAGUUCUAUGGCAGAUGAGUCUCUCAUUACUGGGGAAGCCAUGCCAGUCACUAAAAAGCCUGGGAGCACAGUGAUCGCUGGUUCAAUAAAUGCGCAUGGCUCAGUUCUUGUUAACGCAACCCAUGUUGGUAACGAUACCACUCUAGCACAGAUUGUGAAAUUGGUGGAAGAAGCUCAAAUGUCAAAGGCACCUAUCCAGCAACUGGCAGAUAGGUUUAGUGGAUAUUUUGUUCCAUUUAUCAUCAUUAUUUCUACAGUGACUUUGAUAGUAUGGAUCACAAUUGGUUUUAUAAAAUUUGAUAUCAUUCAGAAAUAUUUUCCUGAUCAGAACAAACACGCUACAAAAGCUGAACUGAUACUGCGGUUUGCGUUUCAAACCUCAAUCACUGUGCUGAGUAUUGCAUGCCCCUGUUCUUUAGGCUUGGCUACCCCAACAGCUGUGAUGGUGGGCACAGGAGUUGCUGCGCAGAACGGUAUUCUCAUCAAAGGUGGAAAACCCCUGGAAAUGGCACACAAGAUCAAGACUGUGAUGUUUGAUAAAACUGGGACCAUCACUUGUGGAGUUCCUAAAGUGAUGAGGGUACUUCUGCUGGGAGACACAGCUGUGCUCUCUCUGAAGAAGGUCCUGGCGGUGGUUGGCACUGCAGAAGCCAGCAGCGAGCAUCCUUUAGGAGUGGCAGUCACUAAAUACUGCAAAGAGGAGCUUGGCACUCAGAGCCUGGGAUACUGCACCAACUUCCAGGCAGUCCCAGGCUGUGGCAUCAGCUGUAAAGUUGGCGGUGUUGAGGCCGUCCUGGGCAUGGCCGAGGAGGGUCUGGGUGAGCGGGUCGCUAACAGGAGUAUGGACAGCAGUGUUCCUCUGGAAGAUAACACACUGAUCGUGCUCUCUGAAUCAGAAGGUCCAUCAGCUUCCCAUGUGUACUCGGUACUGAUUGGAAAUCGUGAGUGGAUGCGACGCAAUGGCUUGCAUAUUGCAAAUGAUGUAAAUGAUGCAAUGACAGACCACGAAACGAAAGGACAGACUGCCAUAUUAGUGGCUAUAGAUGGUACCCUGUGUGGAAUGAUUGCGAUAGCAGACACUGUCAAGCAGGAGGCAGCCCUUGCUGUGCACACACUGAAAAACAUGGGAAUAGACGUGGUGCUGAUAACAGGAGACAACAGAAAAACUGCAAAAGCCAUUGCUACUCAGGUUGGGAUCAAAAAAGUAUUCGCUGAAGUUCUUCCUUCUCACAAGGUUGCAAAGGUCCAGGAGCUCCAAAAUGAGAGGAGGAAGGUUGCAAUGGUUGGUGAUGGAGUCAAUGAUUCCCCUGCACUAGCCAGGGCCGACAUUGGAAUUGCGAUUGGAACAGGCACUGAUGUUGCCAUUGAAGCAGCAGAUGUUGUUCUUAUCCGAAACAACUUGCUAGAUGUUGUUGCCAGUAUUCACUUAUCAAAGAGAACAGUACGAAGGAUACGGAUAAAUCUGAUUCUUGCCUUAAUUUAUAAUCUGCUUGGAAUACCAAUAGCAGCAGGUGUGUUCAUGCCCGUUGGCCUCGUGCUUCAGCCUUGGAUGGGAUCAGCUGCAAUGGCAGCUUCCUCUGUGUCCGUCGUGCUGUCCUCCCUGCAGCUGAAAUGUUAUAAGAAGCCAGACACAGAAAGUUAUGAGGCACAAGCUCAAGGCCGCAUGAAGCCACUUACUCCUUCCCAAAUCAGUGUUCACAUUGGAAUGGAUGAUAGGAGGAGGGAUUCAUCCAGACCAGCUCCAUGGGAUCAGAUUAGUCAAGUGUCACUCUCUUCCUUGACUUCAGACAAGCUGCCCAGACAUAAUGGCUUUUUUGAGGAGGAAGGGGACAAGUGGUCGCUGCUCAUGAACGGAAGAGAUGAAGAACAGUACAUCUGAAGCACUGUGUUCUUAGUGCAGCAGGAAACAUUCCAGUGACGAGAGGAACUGAGUUAUGGCAUCAAGAUCUUCAAGGUUAUAAGUGAAGCUAUUCCUUCAGCUCACAAAAUGAUUGCAACUCAGUCUGGUGUUGGGUUGUAUGGACUGUGGAUUCCUUCAGGUCACCAGUUACGUCCAGUCGCUGAAAGAAUCUGGGGCUCUGUAGUGAACUGGCUCCUUUGCACACAGCAAACAGUGAAAUAAUGUAAAAUUGUAAUUUCAGAGUUGAAUGGAGUUUCUCUCUUCUGGACUGUUCGCUGGGCACCAAAUUUCAUACUUUUCACUCUUUCUAACUUUAUUCUUUAAAGAGUAUAUGAAGCAAAAAUAUUUUCAGAGCUUCCAAAUACUAGUUUCAGUGUCGAAGUGAAAAUAUCCGUGGCAUAAGGAGCUCUGUGGUUGGAAGCUGUAUUUUUAAGCAGAAUCCUAACUAGUCACAUCACUGUGAGAGCACUUUAUACUUAGGAUUCGUGUGCAUCUUAUUGGACCAAAAAUGCUUCAGUGUUUCACUGACUAAAACUCUCUGAAAUGUCCAUGUUAGACUUUCACUUGCUUUCAAAUAUCCACAUCCUUUUGGUGCACAUUUCCACUGCUAAACUUGUUCAGUGAUUCCCACUGCUCUCCUAGGUUUUCUCUUUUGCUCCACAUCAGCUCUUUUUUCCCCUUUCUUCACACAAGAUAUCUUCUCUGACUUCUUACUAUGUUUACAGAUAUUCCUGUUUGGGACAAACUCUUUAUAGUCACUAGGAAUAUUCCAUUCUUAAUGCAAUUCCUGGUCCAAGUUAGCGCAGUAUUUUCCUGUGGAUACCUUGCAGGAUCCUUUGAAGUCCCAGACAAUUGGACAGUUGGCUGGCUCUUCCCUCUGAGUGAAGAAUUUAUAUCAGCGUGAGUGAAGGAGGUAUUUACCAUGGAGUGACUGAAAGCAGGACUAGGUCUAAUGUUGGUUCAUUGCAUGUUAACUCCAGUUUGCGUGUUGAUUAAAGUGGAGUCUAAAGGUUAAAUGGGACGUGGUGGAAAAGCGGCCCUAAAAUGUUGGACUUCUACUUGCCAUUGUAUAAUUUACUGUUUCUGAUGACAGAAGGGCUUGAACUAAAACGGUCUGUAAUAGCUUGAAUUUUAAUGUAAAUGGGUUUUCAUGUUUUGAAUUGGUUUUAAUUUUCAUCUUUUCUCUAGUUUAGUAAGAAAUGAAGGUGCUGAACAAACGUUUUUCACUUUAACGUCUUUACCAAAGCUGGCAGUAACUUUGUCACUCUGAAUGUCAAAUUCAUCCCUUAACACCUUUUGGAGUCAGUCAGGGCAAUCGACUGCUUCAGUGCACUGAAUCUGGUCCCAUGGUGCUGUACUGCUGGACUGUGGGACUCUGAAGUAAGCAGACCAGAGUUUUAUGGUCUGAUCUAAAAGGUGAAAGGACAGAUAUUACCAUGCCGAGCAAUGUGAAAUAAGCAUUUAAUUUCACUGACCUAUAUAUAGGACUGUUUCCAACGGGGGUUCAUAUCCCGCUCCUCCUAAUUUCUUUUUGUUUUUACAAGUCAGGAAAGAGACUGUUCCUAAAGCAUCAGGCAGGUCUUCCUAUUCUCUCUUCCUCUUAAUAUUAUUUUUGAGCUGUCCUUAGAAAACAUCAACAGCAUUGUCUUAAAUACAAAUACAAAUCAGUUUUAAAACUGUAAAAUCUCUUUAUAUGUGCAGAGAUUACUUUCACAGCGUGCACUUUUCAAACAUGCCACAGGUGCCUACAGACGGCCCUGUGGGGAAGGUGGUCUACUGUUUCACUAUGUUGUGUUUCCUUACCAGUGCUUACAGUAAAAAUUUGGUGU